AUGACGAAACACAGCAAGAACAACACCGCGUCUUCCGUCUUCUCGUAUGCGGAGCACAAGAAGCUCAACUAUGGCACGAAGCGCCAACGUCUAGGAAACGAGUCCAUGCGCCGCUUCGAUGCGUGUGCGCUCUGUCUGCAGCGCGCGCGGGAUCCCGUAGCGUGUCACAAGGGGCACCUAUUUUGUAAGGAGUGCGUAUAUACCGACCUGGUGACGCAAAUUGGUGACAUUAAGCGGCAGAAGGCGAGGCUAGAGGCGCUAAAGCGGGAGGCAGAGGAUGAGAGAGAGAGGGCGCGGCAGGUGGCGCGGGAACGCGUCCUGCUAGAGUUCGAGAAGGGACAGCUAGGCCUUGCUGUGCCGUCCUCAACGCUCACCAAGACUGACACAGAGUCGAACGAACCUCGUGGGACGAAGCGAAAAUUCUCGUUUUCUUCCUCGGCCGUUGAGACCCUCACGCAGGAGGCAGAAGAGGCAGCGCUCCGCCAGAUCGAGCGUGAGCAGGCGGAGGCGCUCAAGGCCAAGCUACCGGACUUCUGGCUGCCCUCGCUGACGCCGACAUACACGUCGAGUGGGCCCCCGACGUCGCUGACAGACAUCAAGAUCCACACUACGUGUCGAGGCGGGAAUCCGCCUCAUGCGCUUGCGCGAAAAAAUCUUAUACCCGUGAAGUUCUCAUUCGACACGGUGCGUGGUGCGCCCUCGGGGUCGCAGGACUCUACGCCUACUACAGAAAGUGGCACCGCAGUGCUCACCCCACGAGAAGACCAGAGGGACCCGAUAUGUCCGUCGUGCAAGAGCGCACUGACGAACCACAAACUGAUGUACUUGAUGAAACCGUGCGGCCACGUCGUCGACAAGACGUGCUUGGACACGCUCGUGCGGCCCGCGAAGCAGUGCAUCCUGUGUGAUGCUAAGCUCGGUGACACCGACAUCAUUGAAAUUACGCGCGAAGGUACGGGAUUUGCGGGUGGCGGAAUGGCGGAAUCGUCGAGGAGGGGCGUAGCGUUCCAGGGAUAG